AUGACAUAUUUUUCGACACAGAACACAUGGCACUGCAGUAUAUGCAAGCGCCGCCUGUCUUCGAGGGCCCGGCCUCCAGACCCUCCACCGCAAGACACGACCGUAAUAAUCCUUCCCACGAAGCCAAGCCUCUCAGCCCCAGUCCUCCCAACCCCCGGUAAACCCACAGCCCUGACCCUCAUGACGGGGAUUGCAUCUGUGGCUUUAGCAAGUUCCCAAGCCCCAAUCCAGCAGCAACAAUCUCUGCAACAACAUCAGCUUCAAUCACAACAACAGCUCUCCCAACAACAAAAACUAUCUAAUAGCCCCGCCACGACGAUGCGUUUUCAAGCUUCGACAACUGCUCAAUCGCUCGUUCCUGUCCCUCCUGCUAUAUCAAAUACCACGUCUGCUUCGUCGCUUUCUGUGGACGGAGUGACAAGUGCGUUGGCGUACGGCAGUGGACUCGAGCGACGAAGGCCAUCAAUGUCUUACGUUCCCCCAUUAAUACUAACUGAAACUCCUAAGCCCGAGCCAAUUGAUUCUCAGAAGAAGCCAGUCGAUUCGCAGCCUGAGGCCACGGCACAAAAUGUUUCUGAUAGCAAACCUUCAGAUAACCAGAAGAAAUCCGAGGCUGAGAACAACAACGGGGAGCAAAUCGGCCGAAAGAUUUCUCAGGAGUCCGAAGAAAGCUCUUCGCCCAGGGAAAUGAAACGCAGCACAUCGCAGCUUUCAGGAGAAUCUUCGGGUGAUGAAUCGAGGCUGGAGGGAGGCCGGAGAGGAAGACGCAAGUCAAUUGUUCGCCAGCAAUCCUAUGAGGAGGAUCUAGAAACACAAAACAAUUCCUUGCUUCCCCUAUGGGGUGGCGGGAGCCAGCUGCCUGUUAGGAGACACUCAGCUCAAGGACCUGCCCGAAGAGAUGAAGCUCUUGAAGCUGCCAGGAAGGCCCGAGAUUCAUUAGACGUUCCAUGUCGGACACAGAGGCACCACAGCUGCGACUACGACUUGCCCAACCAGAACCUGCUCAUGGCCACUCCUGGAGGCGGGUCAUCAUGGCAGAGCAGCGAGAGCGACAUGAGCAGCGGUGGACCGAGUGAGGUGGGCAGCAUGACAGCCAUAGACGACAACAGACGGGGAUCUCGAGCCACUGCAGGCCGACACUCUGGCUACCGGUCAUCCAUCUCACGCAACAACGAAAACCAUCAUGAAGCGGGAUAUUCGGCCUUGGAGUCGUCUCCGUCGCCCAUGUCACCAGACGCGCCGGUGAGUCAAGGCGACCCACUUCCUACCAAGUCGGCCGUGAAGCCGUCUGGUCCAGCCUCGGCUGGCCGUAAAGACAGCGGCGCGGCUAAACAAGACGCUGCUAAGCCAGUCAGGCGGCGGGAGGCGUCGUCAAGUCUGAGUCUCGAAGAAGAAAACUUCCUUCAUCCUGCAGAGGAUGAGUGGAGAUCCACUAGAAGACGCUCGUCCACAGCAUCCGAUGUUUGCCGCGUUUUGCCCACUCCUCCGCACUCCCCGCGUGCGGUGGCAUACGGGAUGGGGACGAGCGGUGGGUCUCGGGGCACAGCGUCUCUGGAAAGCAACGCGUCUCUGAGCGUUGAUGAUGCCGCCCACCGCCGUCAGAGCUCCAUCAACGAUGCCGAGACCAUCAAGAUCGUCAUCCAUGACGUCGAGACCGAUCAGUCCAGGAUCAUGAAAUCGGAAGGCGCAGGUCGAAGGAGAGUCACGGUACAUCGCGACAUGUCGGACAUCAACAACAGAUGUGAGUUUUGUCGAGUUAUCAAUUCAACUUCAGCAUGA